GGCGCGCGCUCAGAUGCUGCCGCGCGCCCGCAGUCAGGCGACCAACCAGCCCGCGAGCCCGCUCUCCUCAAACCCGACGGCAGCCGAACCGAGCCGACCGUGCCUCCAGCGCCGCACCGGGGUGAUGGUGACCUCCUAACUGCGCCUCCACCCACAGCAGAGUUCGGUUCGAAGGGAAACCCGGUUCUGCCUGUGAGCGUCCGCUCGGCUCCGACCAGCAUGGAGACAGUUCGGAGCAGAGACGUCCGCGGCUGCCAGCUGCUGCUCUUCAGUCUCGCAGUGGUGGCAGCAGAUCAGCUGCUGCAGGAUGUGAGGAAACUCCCUGAAGAUCUGGACUGGUCCUACACAGGCAGUCUGAACCAGAAGAACUGGGGUAAGAAGUUUCCAUCAUGCAACGCUGCCAAACAAUCCCCUGUGGACAUCGAGGAGAUCUUCACUCAGGUCACGCUGCAGUUCCAGAACCUACAGCUAGAGGGCUGGCACAACCCAACAUCAGACUCCACCACCAUCCACAACAAUGGGAAAACCGUGGCCAUAAACGUGGGGGGCCAGUUCUUUGUCAGUGGAGGGGGGCUGACCUCCAGGUUUCAAGUUUCCAGAAUUCUCUUCCACUGGGGGCGCUGCAACGCAACAUCAGACGGGUCUGAGCACAGCCUGAAUGGAAUGAAGUACCCGCUGGAGAUGCAGAUCUACUGCUACAAUCCUGAUGACUUCCAAAGUCUGGAUGAUGCAGUAGAACAAGGUGGAAGAGUCGCUGCACUAGCGGUUCUCGUAGAGGUUAACCUGGAGGAAAAUGAGAAUUUUAGUCCCAUACUGAAGGCCAUCGACAGCGUCAGCAGGUUUGGUAAAAGUGCUUCAGUUGAAGCUUUCAACCUGAGGUCCCUGCUGCCCAACAACACUGACAAAUACUACAUCUACAACGGUUCCCUGACCGCUCCACCCUGCUCCGAGUCCGUCCAGUGGAUUGUUUUCAAACACACAGUGGCCAUUUCAGAAGCUCAGCUGGAGGCGUUCUGUGAGGUGAUGACCAUGGAGCAGGCCGGAUACGUGGUGCUGACGGAUUAUCUGCAGAACAACUUCAGGGAGCAGCAGCAGCAGUUCAUGGGGCAGGUGUUCGCCUCCUACACCGGAGUGGAGGAUGUUCUCACACCCACCUGCAGUUUAGAACCGCAGAACGUCCAGGCUGACGCUCAGAACGACACCACCAUCGUGGUAACGUGGGAACGCCCACGCGCCGUUUACGACACCACCAUCGACUGGUACACAGUCACCUACCAGAGGCUGCAGGGCAGAGAAAAGAGCAAGCAGGAGUACCGCACCGACGGAGACCAAGACGUGGGCGCCAUCAUUUCCAACCUGCUAGCUAACAGCAGCUACGUGGUUCAGGUGGUGGCUAACUGUGCUAACGGCCUCAGAGGUCGCUGGAGCGACCAGAUCAUAGUGGACAUGCCUUUAGAGGACCCUGAGAGUGAUUCCACAGCUGACAUUGCCACGGAAAAGUCCAACGUUCACAGAGUGGUCUCAACUGUAUCUGAGCCUGAAAGGUCAGACAACCAGAACCAACUGGACUUGAGCCCAGAUCACAGCCCAGUGGAGCAGAUCCCAGCAGAACAGACUAGAGUUUACCAAAACCAUCCCCAACACCAUCAGAACCAGCCCACUGCCCAAACUCGCCCAAACCAACCAGUCCAGAUUGAUCCAACCCCUCCUGGUUCCACCGCUCUAAACAAAACUCGUCUCAACCAGAAUGGUGACGACAAGUCAGGCCGAAACAGGUCCCGGGUCCACAGUUCUGACCACAACUGGAUUGAGAGUGAGCAGCUGAUACCAGCACAGCAGCCCUUCACAAAUCCUGGAUUUUCUAGCAACAGCGCUAUUUGGAUAACUCGCAUAACCCAGCAGCCCGGCUUCCUGUUUCCGGCUGCGCCGACGACAGCUCCACCAUCCAUCCGGCGGCAAAUCACAGAGGAAGCAUCGCUGUCUGUGCUGCCACCUCAGUCUGGUCGCAACGAGCCUCCAGAGCAGACCGGUGAACAUGCCUUUCCUAACGUAGACCUGUAUACUCCUCCAGUGGACACCACCCAAGUCACAGAAAUCUUCUAUGAGGACAUGUUCACCCGCUCUCCACUGGACUCCACCACCUCUGAAACAGUGCCUGCCUCUGCCAUUCCAGCGAAAGAAAAGGACAAAAGACUGUUGCCGCCGAACAGAUCUGUGCCGGAAUCCACCGGCUUUGAGUCCUCCACCCCAUCAUCCGUCUGGAUCAAGAAAAACUCUGCAACUAUCAGCAACACUCUUGCAGACUCGGUCUACAAAUCCCUCACCACCUCAUCUUUACUCAGAGUGCUGCAGCACACAACUCAGCCCAUGUUCAAUGACUCAAAGGGUUCUGAGCGUGAAGCAGGUCAGAAGAACGGUGAACAUUCAGAAAGAUGGAGCAAAAAGAGGAUUUGGGGAGGUAGUAUUGGAGAGCGUUUAUCUUACAAAAGAGGAAAUCCUUCACCAGCUCGUCCUGUCACUGCAGUCAGACUGGCAGGUGCCAGCCUGCUAGCACAGGAGCAAACACAAGCUAAAGAGGGCAGGAACAGCAGCCACGAAUCUCGGGUGGGGCUGGUUGAAGGCGUAGAGACGGAGAAGAGGACUGUGGUUCCUCUGGCUGUCGUCUCCACUCUCACCAUCCUUUGCCUGCUGGUUCUGGUGGGCAUACUCAUCUACUGGAGAAACUGUUUCCAGGCGGCUAAUUUCUACCCAGACGACACCACAUCACCUAAAGUUGUAUCUGCUCCCUCCACUCCACUGCUGAUGGCAACAGAUGGCCACGAGCCGCUGACCGUGAAGCAGUUUGUGAAGCACGUCAUGGAGCUCCACAGCACCAACACGUUCUCCAAGGAGUUUGAGAUUGUCAAAGAGUCCUAUGAGGAGGUGCAGAUGUGUACGGUGGACUUGGGUAUCACAGCUGACAGCUCAAACCAUCCCGAAAACAAAAGCAAGAAUCGUUACAUCAACAUACUGGCCUAUGACCACAGCAGAGUAAAGCUCUUCAACAGUCUGGACAAAGACAGCAAAUGUGGAGACUACAUCAAUGCUAAUUUCGUGGACGGUUAUGAGCGGACCAGGGCAUACGUGGCAGCUCAAGGGCCCCUCAGAGCGGGCAGGGAGGACUUCUGGAGGAUGAUCUGGCAGCAGAACAUCGGGGUUGUUGUCAUGAUUACCAACCUGAAGGAGAAGGGACGUACUAAAUGUGAUCAGUACUGGCCAGAAGAGAAUCAAGAAGAAUAUGGUCCCUACCAAGUGACGCCGAGGUCCACCAAAACUCUAGCAUAUUACACCGUGCGCACAUUCACAGUCAGGGAUACGACAAAUAAGCUGCCUCAGCGAAGAGCAGAACACACUGUCCUCCAUUACCACUACACCCAGUGGCCAGACAUGGGCGUCCCAGAGUACACUCUGCCUGUCCUGUCCUUCAUCAGGGUCUCCUCUCAGGCUCGAACGCAGGAGAUGGGACCAGUCUUAGUCCACUGCAGUGCUGGAGUUGGAAGAACAGGAACCUACAUAGUGAUUGACAGCAUGCUGCAGCAGAUCCAGGAUCAGGGAACAGUUAAUGUUCUUGGAUUCUUGAAACAUGUCCGGACGCAGAGAAACUUCCUGGUUCAGACAGAGGAGCAGUAUGUGUUCAUCCAUGACGCUCUGGUGGAGGCCAUCUUGAGCCGGGAUACUUUGGUGAAAUCUGAGCACCUUCACACCUACGUGUCUAACCUGCUGAUACCUGGCGCCACAGGAAGGACGCGUAUGGACAAACAGUUCAAGUUGAUCAGUCAGCGUCAGGCAAAGCACACAGACUACAGCACUGCCCUGAAGGAUGGGAACGCAGAAAGGAACAGAGCCAGAGCGCUGAUGCCAGUGGAGAGAUCCAGAGUGUCUCUGUCUGCGUCGGAGUCGAACUCUACAGGCUACAUCAACGCCUCCUAUGUCGUGGGCCAUCACUGCAGUAAGGAGUUCGUGGUGAGUCAGACUCCUCUGGCCAGCACGGUGGCAGACUUCUGGAGGAUGAUCUGGGAGCAGCAAACUCACACUGUAGUCUGUCUGCCAGACAAUCAGGGUGAAGGAAGGGACUGCUGUGUCUUCUGGCCCACUGAAGAGCAGCCUCUGAGGUGUGAGGGCUUCACCGUGCUUUUCUCCAGAGAGGAGUUCAUACACGUUGGGAAUGACGAGAGAGUUCUGGUCCAGGACUUCACCGUAGAGUCCUCACAGAACGACUACGUCCUGGACGUCCGGCAGUACAGCGCCCUCUGUUGGCCCAAUCCGGACAGUCCCAUCAGAAACUGCUUUGACCUGGUCAGUGUGGUCAGGGAGCGCAGCAGACCCGCGCAAGGAUCCGUACUAGUGCACGACCCUUUGGGGGGGGGCACAUCAGGGCUGUUCUGCGCCCUCACCACCCUCUUCAGCCAGCUGGAGGAGGAGGGCUCAGUAGAUGUCUACCAGGUGGCACGCAUGACCAACCUCAUGAGACCGGGGGUUUUCAACGAUGUCGAGCAGUACCAGUAUCUGUACCAAGCCGUGCUGAGCCUGGUGAGCAGCCAGGAGGACCAGAGAGCCCUGCAGAGUCCAGAAACCAACGGAUCGGUUCCCCUGGGACAGUCCAACAUCGCCGAGAGCCUGGAGUCUCUCAUGUAGACCCACACAAACACAGACAACGAGGGCUUUCAUUUCCAGUGUUUGCUCCUCCUAAAUGACUAAAGCCUGUUACAUGUUUCUCAAACAACUGAUUUUUUUUUUCUUUUUUCUUUUUACAAAUGACUGGUUUGCUAUGAUUCUAAAGUUAAUAAGAUAACAAAAAAGGUUAUCACUAAAGCAAAAAAAAUCUCUCAUUUUUUAAUAGUUAUUCCGGUUUAUUUCGACUCUUGUAUUUUAAGUUUAAAACAACCAACAGAAAACUUAAAAUAAUAAAAUCUCUAGAACGAUUGUCAGUGACAUGCAGAACUUUGACCACACUUCCUGCCAACUGCUGCAUACAAGCAGCUCAUUGGAGGAACAGCGUGUAACACUGACGCCUGGUGGUGGAAAUAGGUAGUGUACAAAUGGAGAUAUUGGAGGUUAGAGUAGCCAAAACUUAUACUCCAGUAAAAGUAGCAGAUCAGAUUCCUUUGGGUCAACAAAAUCCAAUACAAAUACUAACAGUUUGAUUCUAUAGUUGUGUAUGGAGUCAGACAAACCAUAACCACAAGUCCACUUGAGUAAAAGUAAACUGUGAAGUAAAGUUACUGAAGGAAAAUGUGGUUUUAACUCAUUACUACCCAUCUCUAUGCUUGAUUAAAGCAUUUUGGUAAAAUACAA